AUGCAACAGCCCCUGCUACCAGCCAUGAUGCUUUUGCAGCCUGGUCGUGCCCAGCCAGUCGCACCGACUGCACAUCGCCCAUUGCCUCCGCCUCGACCACGCAGCUCACCACCUCCAACAGCGAGAACCACUGCCACGGCAGCCGGGCGUGCUCUUCCUGUACAUGCCACGGCGACAGACACCUUUGCUGCCACGCCAGCUGGAUCAGCGAGCAUGUCGCAAACGAAUCAUCGCAGCAACAGCAGCAGUUCUGCAGUGCAACCCGGCAGCUCCUCCGCCUUACUCGCCGCCACGCCACUCGCGCCAAUGGCAAAUCAACAACCGCCACUACUGCAGGCCAAUCUCCCGCAGCGCCCACCUCCAGGGAAUGCGCGACGCUUGUUUGGUCCAGAGUUGGCAUCCGCAUUCGCCGCUCGCCAGCCGCUUCAGCAGAGGCAGCAGCUACAGCAGCAGCAGCAGCUACAGCAGCAGCAGCUACAGCAGCAGCAGCAGCAGGCGGCCACCGCUGAAAGCCAACAGCAGCCGCUAGUGUCCAAGCGAAGCCACACUCAGGCCUUCGAGACGCCGCGCAUCGACCUUCCUGCAGCCGAGUCAGCAACAGGCGAUCGCGCUCAUGCUCCUCGAUGA